UCAGGGUUGCCAUCUAUCUUUCCAACAUGAAGACCCUCCUGAUUGCUGUCAUUGUGGUGACUGCAGUGAGCGCAGACUCCAAAUGCGGACCAAACGCGUUCGACUGUGGAGAAGACACGUGCAUCCCCAUAGGAUGGAAGUGUGAUGGAGAAGAAGACUGCCCCAACAAAAGUGACGAGAAGGACUGCACACCUUCAGCCGACACACCCUGCAAGGACAACCAGUUCCGUUGUCAUGGUUACAACCACUGCAUCCCCGAGCGCUGGGUGUGUGAUGGACAGAGCGACUGCAGGGACAAGAGCGACGAGAAGCACUGCAGCGAGAAGGCCUGCAAGCCGCAUCACUUCAAAUGCCACGGGAGCGGCCGCUGCAUCUAUCCCCACUGGGUGUGUGACGGCACCGCCGACUGCAGGGACAAGAGCGACGAGAGGAACUGCUCCAGCGUGCCGUGCAAGGAUAACCAGUACAAGUGUGGCGACGGCCGCUGUAUUCCUCAAAACUGGGUCUGUGAUGGAGUCAUAGACUGCAGGUGCAAAAGUGACGAGAGGAACUGCACCCACGCCGUGUGCAGGGAGCCCCAGUUCCAGUGUAAGGGGGACGGCCGCUGCAUCCCAAAGCACUGGGUGUGUGACGGACAGAGCGACUGCAGGGACAAGAGCGACGAGAAGCACUGUGCCGAGGCGACCUGCAAGGAGUCGAUGUUCAAGUGCCGGGGGGACGGCCGCUGCAUCCUGGGUCGCUGGGCCUGCGACGGAGAGCCCGACUGCGCCGACAAGAGUGACGAGAUGGGCUGCUAGAUGCUGAAGAGGAAGAAGUCACCUCAAGUUGCGGCUCUUCUGUGAACAUAUUCGGAAGUGUCCAAAAUACUCAGAAAACUUGAUUAUUACUAAUAAAGCACUUUCUUCCACC